CUAGACGUUUGUUGUUCCACACUUGUCUCCCUAAUCCUUUCCUUAGAUAGUGGGAGUAUAUAAUAUCUAUGGCUAUUAUUCCCCUCUUUCGUAGGAUUUCUACAGUUUUCUCUCUCUCUCAUCUUAAAUUCUCUGUCUACCGUCAUUAUUGAAUUUCAACCAGAUUCUAUCAAUUCUAAUUUUGUAAGAAUUUCAACUGAUGAUCACUUUCAAUUUUGUCAGAUCUUAGAUAAUUCUUCCUUGUUUCAUGCUCAAACAAACUACGCUUUUCGAUCAAAUUGCGACUAAUUCAGGACUUGUAUUUUUAUGGUUAUGAAUUAACCUGGUGGACUUAAUGGGUGGUAUAUUCAGCCUGAAUAGUUCCGCUGAUUGUAGUAGUCAGCGCUAUGCGGGUACAACCAGUGGCACCUACAAGCGGCAAAGAACAGGGUACUUUGAGCAUAGUACAAGACUAAUUCCUUCUCUGCCAAACGAAAUAUCACUUCAGAUUCUUGCCAGAGUACCUAGAGUUUACUAUUUGCAACUGAAGUUGGUUUCACGGAGUUGGAAAGAAGCUUUAACUACUUCAGAAAUAUAUAAUUUGAGGAGAGAAUUCAAGACGACUGAAGAGUGGCUUUUCAUACUUUCUCGUGUUGAAGAAAACUUAUUAUGGUACGCACUUGAUCCCGUUUCUCGAAGAUGGCAGAAGUUGCCCCCGAUGCCUCAUGACUCAACCCAAGAUGAAUGUCGGAGAGGCUUGGCAAUUCUUCAAAUGUGGAACUCUUUGGGAUCAAGAGUGAAAAUAGCCGAAGCCAUAAGAGGGUGGCUUGGCAGAGGUGACCCACUGGAUAAAAUUCCAUUUUGUGGCUGUUCAAUUGGGGCUGUUAAUGGUUUCCUCUACGUAAUCGGGGGAUUGUCAAAGACCUCAGCUUUAAGUUGCGUGUGGCGCUAUGAUCCUAUUUUGAACACCUGGGAUGAAGUGAGCCCGAUGUUAACUGGUAGAGCUUAUAGUAAGACAGGAGUUGUGGACAACAAACUCUAUGUUGUUGGAGGGGUUAGCAGGCACAGAGGCGGGUUAACUCCCUUGCAGUGUGCUGAAGUGUUUGACCCCAAAACAGAUCAGUGGUCCGAGGUCCCCAGCAUGCCAUUCUCUAAGGCUCAAGUUAUGCCUACUGCUUUUCUGGCCGAUCUUCUCAAGCCAAUAGCGACGGGAUUAACAACAUACAUGGGGAAGUUAUAUGUGCCUCAAAGUUUAUAUUGCUGGCCUUUCUUUGUUGAUGCCGGAGGAGAGAUAUAUGACCCAGAAACAAAUUCAUGGAGUGAAAUGCCAGUUGGUAUGGGUGAGGGUUGGCCUGCUAAGCAGGCAGGAACCAAAUUGAGUGUUGUAGUUGAUGAUGAGUUAUAUGCUCUAGAUCUUUCAGGUUCUCUGGAUAGUGCUAAAAUUAAAGUAUAUGAUCACCGAGAUGAUUCUUGGAAAGUUGUUUUUGGAGAAGUUCCUAUUACUCAUGAUCAAGCAGAUGCUGAAUCCCCAUACCUACUUACUUGUUUCCGUGGAAACCUGCAUGUGAUCAUCAAAAAUGCCAACUCUGAUAUUGCAGUACUACAAGCUGUGACAGAAUCCCUACCGCAACCAUCUCAUCUAAAGCCCUUGACUAGUGGAAGCUCAUCCGCUGGAAGUUCUGUUGCGUCUUCACCAUCAGAAGUUAACUGGAAAUUUAUUGCAUCAAGGAAAGCUGGUCCAGCUGAGUUGGUUAGCUGUCAGAUUCUCAGAAUUUGAUGUUAUAUAUUGUUGCUUGAACGUGAUUUAGGCUGUUCACUUGAUACUAUUGCGUAGCUUUCUUAGGCUAGCUUUUGAUGGAUGAGUUCGAUGCAUCUUUUCACUCAUUGCUAGCUCAAGCGGCCUGUUCGGUAGGCAACAAGAAAUGCAGAUCAUGGUAAUUUUGCAAGUGGAGUCUCAUGCUAAUAUUCAUGGUAAUGGAAGUCUAUCCCCAACCUUAAACUUCUUUAUUAAUUCUCAUUACCACCCAAUAUUACUUUCCAAAUAUAUAAGAAAAUGUUGUGGGGCGAAAAAUGUCUACGGAUGGACAAUACUACCAUAGAUAGGAGCACUGUACAAAUUUAGACUAAAGUUCUUUACUCUUGGCGUUAUCUGUUGUAUCACUAUAUGGGCUGUAGGUGUCCUACACUCCUACCACAAGGGAAUGGAUCGGUGCUCCGAGAUUACAUUUGCAGUUCUGUAUAAUUAAAGGAGGUACACUAACUAAUAGUACAUAUAGUAGUAUUUGCCUGUAUUGGUGGCUGUUCUCUGUUUCCAAUCUUUGAUAUUCCAUAAUGAUGUAAUAGUUUGGAAAGCUAUCAAUGACAAUGGGAUCGCUUGUAUUACUCCUGCAUAA